GAACAAAUUGACGAAAAACUCCUUGUACGAACAAAAGAGCAGAAACUCCAUGACGAAAAUCUAAAUUGAGUCCCAGAAACAGUAAGUGAAAUGAAAUGAAGUCAGCGGUGUCAUCACUGGUUAGCUCCAAGUAUCCCGCAAUCUCACGGUCUCUCCUGCAACACGCAUCAAAACCCAUUUCUCAAAGAACCUUCUUCAUUCCAACUAUUCCCAGAAACACCCAAAAUCUAUACAAUCAACGUUAUCAAAAGCUCCAAAUCAGGCCCAACUCAACAUCCAUAAUGGCAUCAUCUUUCAAGCCGGAACAAGCGAGGGCACCAACCGCCUUCCCUCUUCCCACCCCUCCUAUCACCAAGUUCAAGAUUGGGCUUUGCCAGUUGUCGGUGACACCUGAUAAAGAGAGGAACAUAGGGCAUGCUCAGAAGGCCAUUGAGGAGGCUGCUCAAAAGGGUGCCCAGCUUGUUCUCUUGCCUGAAAUAUGGAACAGCCCAUAUUCGAAUGACAGCUUCCCAGUUUAUGCUGAAGAUAUUGAUGCAGGUCAUGAUGCGUCUCCUUCAACAGCUAUGCUGUCUGAAGUUUCUAGUCGCCUGAAGAUCACGAUAGUUGGUGGCUCUAUACCUGAACGCUGUGGGGAUAAGUUGUAUAAUACUUGUUGUGUCUUUGGUACUGAUGGAAAGCUGAAAGCCAGGCACCGUAAGAUUCACCUUUUUGAUAUUGAUAUUCCUGGGAAGAUUGCCUUUAUGGAAUCCAAGACCCUUACUGCUGGGGAGACUCCUACCAUUGUGGACACAGAUGUUGGGCGUAUUGGUAUAGGCAUCUGUUAUGACAUUCGCUUUCAGGAAUUGGCAAUGAUAUAUGCUGCGAGAGGUGCUCACUUGCUAUGCUAUCCUGGAGCAUUUAACAUGACAACUGGACCUUUGCAUUGGGAGUUGCUGCAGAGAGCAAGGGCUAUGGAUAGUCAGUUGUAUGUCGCAACUUGUUCACCUGCUAGAGAUGCUGCCGCCAGUUACGUGGCUUGGGGUCACUCCACCCUUGUAGGACCUUUUGGAGAAGUUUUGGCUACCACUGAACAUGAUGAGGAAAUAAUCAUAGCGGAGAUUGAUUAUUCAAUAAUUGAGCAACGAAGGGCAAGUCUCCCCUUCGCAAAGCAACGCCGAGGCGAUCUUUAUCAGUUGGUAGACAUCCAGAGACUCAACUCUCAUUGAUUACAGAAGAGAACCUUGUGAGAGAGCUGUGAUUCAUGGUGCUUAUUUUAAUUGAGAAAGGUGGAACUCUAUUAAAAAUCAUGGGACUGUCCUAGUUAACAACCUGAUGUUAAUCAUUGGGAUGAUUGCUGGAAACUCAUAUUUACAAUAAUGGGAUGUGUUACUGUUGUCAUGUUUAUAAUUGCUAGUUCAGACGGGGGUCCUUGACAACUCUCUCUAACAUGGAUGGGAUUGAGAGGAGAUGACAAUAAGCUUGGACAAGGAUUGCUGAAGCUUUCUUUUUCCUGGAUAUCAUUUUCAUUUUUUUUUUGUUUUAUCGUUUAUGGUUGAAUGGACAGAUCAAAUCAAAUCCUGUGAAUUGAUACUAAAAAACAGUGGGUCUAACCUAGCAAGUAUCAUGGAUACCCAGAAAAUGUAUUAACAGCUAGACCUACUAAUGAUAGGCCCGGAGACAUGAAGAUGAUGUAUCGGGUUAAUUCACCCUCCCAGAAAAUUAUUACUAGUAUAUAGCUGUGAUUAUGGAAAUUUGUUCUUAAUGUUUAUUCAGAACUCCAUAAUAAUGAAUCUACAUAAUUUGUCCUCCUAAGCUGUGUAUUUAUCACCCAUUCUGGAAUCUGGAUGACCAUCGUCCAUUCUCCUAAGGACACAUACAAACAAAUUUUUUUGGCCAAAGCACAAACAAAGAAAUUGAAGAGAACAAAUAGCAAGCAAUGACAGAGGCAUGCAUGAAGCGCAUGUGAUGAUCGAGACCCCAAACAAAGCAUAGAGCCCUCUGGGUGUUGAUUGCUUCGUUGGAAAAAUAGCACUGUUCCUUUUUCAUCUCCAACAGGAAAAAGAAAAAGAAAAAUCUCUCUCACAUCGUACCUUAUAAUCCAAUCUCCACCGUCCGAUCUUUCCUUUGAUUCUCACCAUCAUAUGGGUGAUCAAUAUUGGACCACAUGCAGCAAGGGAUUGCGAGAUCUUGUCCACGUGAAAAAAUCUUCCUGGCCAGGGUGUACCAUGAA